AGUCCGUAUCGGCAGGUGACAUAACAUUCACCAAUAAAAGCCUCGUCUCAGUAGAGGGCUUACAAAAAAUAUGAGCACAGCUGCGGUUUCCUUCGAACGAACAACUGGUGUUGAUAUUUGAAUACACUCACGAAUGAAGUGACGAUAAGUUAAACGUAUAUGCAACUGGAUAUAUUUAACAGACGUGCAAUAUGGAGUCAUAUGACUAUACAAUAAAAGUAAUAUUGCUCGGUGACUAUGGCGUAGGGAAAACCAAACUGCUGGAUUCCUUUGUUCGGUUCCAAGACUCGAGCCCAAGCUGCUGUUGUGUGAUACGACAUCAUCACGGCUACGCCGAGAUACAGCUACAACGGGAUAAGCGAAACAUACUAGUCAAACUGAUUGAUACAGAAGGUCAGGAGAGGUAUCGCAGCCUGACGUCUUCUUAUUACAGAGGGGCAAAUGGAUGCAUACUGAUGUAUGACGUCACCGCGGAAACGACAUUUGAAAAUCUACAUAAUUGGUUCGAUGAUAUGAACAAUUACGGGUCACAUGAAAUGCCAGUGAUCCUGGCUGGAUCCCGGUGUUUAGCAGACGAUCGAGUCGUGUCCCGAGAACGAGGCGAGAAGUUCGCCGAGCACAUGCACGUGCCGCACGUGGAGGUCGACUCGGCGUCCAAUCACAACGUGAUGAGCCUUCUGGAAGACGUCGUGGACUUAGUGGUCGCCAAACUGUCCAAAUCGCCGUAUGAUGAACCCUCGACUACUACUCUACUAUACACCAACAGGCAGACCAAAGGCAAAAGCUGGUGCAACUGUUGACGUCAUUAUUUAUAGAUAACAGCCCAUCGAAAGCAUAAAGACUGCAUGCAUUGGCAGCAUGUUGUCAAAUUCGUAUCAUGGGAGGAGAGAGGUGGCAGCUGCACACACGGAAAAUUACGAAGAAGUGACCUGUUUGGUUUAACGAUGUCCUUUUUCAAUACCUGCCUGAAGAAGACCCAGUGUUACUGUGCCCUGGUUAUUUUAGUGCUGCCAUUCCCAGUUAUUUUACGUACAACCAUUGUUCUGUUGACAGUAUGACAGUACGUUGACGGUACGUUUAAAAUACAUUAUUUAUAGAGUUGCAUCUGGAGAUAAUGAGUAACACUUGUCACCAAAGGACAAAAAGCGGUGGAUUUUAAAGUUUUUUUCCGUUUUGUCUAGCUGCAGAAGUAUCUACAUUACUGGAAACCAAUUCUCUUUUUAUUGACCGCAUAGAUAUUUUAGGCCUGGUAUGGCCCCGAAAUGGCAUUCACAGCGUGUGGACACAUUGUUUCCAAAACAUAUUAUAGUGAAAACACGUUUACAGCAUGUUGACUGGAUAUUCUGACUAUGUUGGGAUUACAACAUAUGAAAUAGUGUGUGGCAGUGGAGUAAUGAAAUCCAUGCGCUAAAGACGUUUAUUUUAGAGUCAAUAUUAUAACGGUUUUACAUGGAAACGCAACACAAGAUGGGCCCACAAACUGAAUCUCUUUCUUUUCUUUUUUUUUACCUUUUAAUGCCUUUUAAUAUGACAUUAGGGUGGCAUACAAGUUAACUUGAAUGCGUUUAAACUAGCCAAAAACAAAUGUAAAUACACGUGUAUAUAAAACCGAAAUACUUAAUUUAUUGCAACAAGAACCUCAGUGACAACAACAAGACAUUCUUUAACAUCUAUAAAGAUGGUCGAUUUAACUUGGCUUUCAGCGGUAAUUAAAUGCUACAUAUUGACUUUGAGAUCAGACUGUCGUUCACUGCCGUCACGGAUCUGUAAUUAAGCUAAUUGUCUAGGAGCCAAUUCUGCACAAAAAAGUCCUACAAAAUGAUUUAGCAUAACUCCCACUAUAUAGUUGGUUUAUCACUUCAGGUUGGAAUGAUGGAUAAUUUUAGAACAUUUCAGUCUGAUGUAUAGUUGAAUUGAGGCUGUGACAAUAGGUAACAGAGUAUAUUUAUUAGAAGGUCGAGGUGGCAUAGGAGCAAAUUUGAAUAUUUUAGAUUGUUUUCUUCGGCUCUUAUAACCAAGAUUCAUCAAAAAUUGUUGCUAAUGACAUGAUCAUAUGAAAUAAGCCGUUGUAUUGCUGUUCAGUUAGUUCAAUAUGGUUAUGGAUGUUUUUCAAGGUGGCCAUUAUGUAUCAAUAUGGCUGCCAAAUGUUGAGGGGGCCGAGCGCUGGUGAUCGCUCGUUUGAUUGGGUUUUACGUCUAAUUCUGAGUAUAUUCAUUGAAUUCAUGUGAUGGGGUUAAAUAUGAUAAAACCAAUGGAAUUGUUGGCGAGUGCUCGUCCGCCUGAACCUGGCACGUUUAUAUCUGGCGUAAUGCAUCAGUAAAUCUGAACCUAACAGGGUUAAGUGCAUAACUACCCUAUAUGGAACUUUAUUACAAAUCAAGAGCGUUGCACAACGAAAUAUGAUGAACAUACAAUAACAAUAUUACAGUGACAACAUUGGUUUUACGGGAGAUAAUACGAUAAAACUAUUAACACUUUCAAAUUGUAUCUGUUCCAAAGGCAGAGCUAAAAUGACGUGUUAAUAAGGUUGUGACAACUAGUAUUCUCAUGAAUCAUUGUUUUAUGUGUUAACAUCUAUAGGAGAAUUGCUACUCCCCAGGGCCAUGUUCCACGUACGAAUUCGAAAAGAUCUUAACGCUAUGAUUACCGUAAAUGCAUAAGGACAACUAUAGUUAGGCACU